CUGCGCCUUGUCUGGAGUCGUCAGCAAAUGAAAGAUUUACGCUUGCGACGUUGUCGUGGCUUACAGCCUUUUUACUGCAGCCUUGCAGCACAACUCCAUACUUUUUUUUCUAUAAGGCCGGAAGCCUCGCAGCAUCAUUGUUCCCUGACCACCACCAUGACUAUAAUUCUUUAAUCAGGCGACAAAAGAACGAUGAUCCUGCUCACCCUCCUAAACCUGCUCCUUGGAGUAGUCUUCUGUACAGCACUUCCGCAAAGGACGUCGCUAGCACCUAGCUUAGUUGCAAGAAGCAUAUGCUCACCCCGACCAAAGGGCCUUUGGCAGCCUGUGGUUGGAGUAUCAUGGAAUUACCAGUUGCUCAAGCCAGUCGCUUCACCAUCAACAAUUGCCUCCAAACCCAAGGUGUGGGACAUUGACUUAUUCGACAACAAUGCCACCUCCAUCAGCACCAUGAAAAGCAACGGCCACCGAGUCAUCUGUUACUUUUCCGCCGGCAGUUACGAGAACUGGCGACCUGAUGCAUCCAAAUUCAGCCCCUCGGAUCUGGGUAACGAUCUCGACGGAUGGCCUGGUGAAAAAUGGCUCAACAUCAGUUCGCCGAAAGUUCGGACCAUCAUGAAGGCUCGCCUAGAUCUCGCGGUACACAAGGGUUGUGACGGAGUCGAUCCCGACAACGUUGAUGGAUACGACAAUGACAACGGCCUCGAUCUGACGCAGGACGACUCGAUCGACUACAUGAUCUUUCUUGCCAACGAGGCACACGGGCGCAAUUUAUCGAUCGGCCUCAAGAACGCCGGUGCCAUCAUUGACGAUGUCGUCGAGUGUAUGGAAUGGAGUGUCAAUGAGCAGUGCGUCCAAUAUACUGAGUGCGACACGUAUGCAGUCUUUAUACAACACCAGAAACCCGUCUUCCACGUCGAGUACCCAAAAGGCCCAGACACCAGUAAUAACAACCCGGUCUCGUCUAAGACGAAGAAAAAGUAUUGCACUGAUCCAGACGAAGCUCAUUUUUCGACCAUCCUCAAGAACAUUGAUCUGGACACAUGGAUCGAGACAUGUUGAUACUGGGAAUAAUUACCAAACUAGUUACUGUUGUACAAAAUCGUGAAUACAAAAACCGCAUUAAUUCAGCUGCAACUGCACUUUAACCACCUCGAUGGGGCUUCGAUUUGGGAAAACAAAUCUUCUGCAGAUUCAAGGAAGUCGAAGGCCACACCAGCUAUUGAACCGCUAAGCCUCGUUCGUUGAUUGCAACACGCGAGUAUAAAGUGGCUGAGGUGAAUGGAAUUGACUUUUCCUCGUCCCAGGCCAAUCAAUUAUCAAGGCCUCG